AGAUCUGUGCGUCUGAUGAAGAAUGACACCAUGAACUUCCAGAAAUUCCCCUACACCAAUGAAGAUGAAGCCUGGAAAACCUACCUAGAGAACCCCUUGACUGCAGCCACCAAAGCUAUGAUGAGAGUGAACGGAGAUGAUGACAGCGUGGCUGCCCUGAGCCUGCUCUAUGACUACUACAUGGUCCCAAAGGAGAAGAGGAUUCUUCCAUCUGGUAUGAUGGGACGCAAUGAACUAGGAAAGAGGCACUGCCACGGCAUGGAGUACGACCCAGAGAUCGCAUCCUUUGAUGGCUCAGCCCAUCUCAUGAAGCUCUUGUCUGAAAAUGUUUCCAUGACCCAAGAAUAUUGUGAGCCACAGAAGAAGAAUGGCUUAAGUCUUGAAGGCGUCCCUACUUCUCACAAGCCAGCCAUGCUUCCACCAGGCACUAGCAAGCUGGAUGCCACCCCAGAGAACUACAUGGUCCCUCCAGGGGAUGUGUACGACAACAGCUCAUUGAACUCCCUCUUCGAGACCAUCCCCGUAGCCCCACCACAGCAGCGGUGGCAGCCAGACAGCACUUUCAAAGAGGAUCCCCAGGAGUCGCUGCUCUUCAGUGAUAUCCUUAAACCCCAGCCAGAGCCACCUUGCCCUGAGAGUUAUGCUACGGACGGUGUUAAGAGUGACUUUGAAUACACUCUGGGGUCACCCAAAGCCAUUCACAUCAAAUCUGGGGACUCUCCCAUGGCCUACCUCAACAAAGGACAGUUCUACCCCAUCACGCUGCGGACAGCUGGAGACAGCAAAUGUUUACACUUGUCCUCAAAUAAAGUGAAGAGUGUUGUGAUGAUCGUUUUUGACAACGAAAAGAUCCCAACGGAGCAGCUCAAGUUCUGGAAGCACUGGCAUUCCCGCCAGCCAACGGCCAAGCAGAGAGUCAUUGACGUUGCUGACUGUAAAGAAAACUUCAACACAGUGCAGAACAUUGAGGAGUUGGCCUACAAUGCACUGUCUUUUGUGUGGAACAUCCAUGAAGAAGCAAAGGUAUUUAUUGGGGUGAAUUGCCUGAGCACAGACUUCUCCUCCCAGAAAGGAGUGAAAGGUGUCCCGCUCAACCUCCAGAUAGACACUUACGACUACGGCAACGGAACCAGCCAGCUGGUGCACCGCGCCGUCUGCCAGAUCAAAAUAUUCUGCGAUAAGGGAGCAGAGAGGAAAAUGCGGGAUGAUGAAAGGAAACAGUUCAGAAGGAAAGGAAAAUGCCUGGACUCCAAUAACAAUGGUCUGAAAGGCUGUUUGCUCUCUGGCUUCAGAGGGAAUGAAAUCACGUUCCUGAGGCCAGAGACUGACCUCGAAACCCAGCCAGUCCUGUUUAUCCCCAACGUCCAUUUUUCAAACCUGCAGAGGUGUGGCACGGUGCUCCCUCCUGCUGUUCCCAACUCUGCAAACAGGCUGCCCUUAAAACGGAGUGGUGCCUCAUUCACAGAUGAGUUUGACCCGAUACCUCCAAAGCAAACCAAGGAAGAAGAUCCUCUGAGAGUCUUGUUGUAUGUGCGGAGGGAGUCAGAGGAAGUGUUUGAUGCUCUCAUGUUGAAGACACCAGAUCUCCAGGGCCUCAGGACAGCUAUUUCAGAAAAAUAUGGGCUUCCUGAAGAAAGCAUUUAUAAAGUCUACAAAAAAUGCAAAAGAGGGAUCCUAGUGAAUAUGGACAACAACAUCAUCCAGCACUACAGCAACCACAUGGCCUUUCUCCUGGACAUGGUGGAAGCGGAGGACAAGUUCCAGAUCAUCCUCAAGGAGCUAUAA